GAUCGUACCUUGCGAGUCUCUGUCACAAGCAGUCAAAUUGCUUUAAACACGUUCCUGUUUGGGGAACAAUUACCAAACUCCCACCGGUGACCGCAUGCGGGAAGACGCGCCAAAGAAGCUGCUUCGUCCCGCAGAUCCAAGGACGUUGAGUGCAGCUCAAUUCGCUGCGGUUUAUACCGUGCACGGGGCGUGGCGCCCAUUUUUGGUGCUCGAUGGGAUGCCGUACCCAACGAUCGAUGAUGAGUGCGUACCAUGUGGGUGCGCGCAUCUCAUUGUGAAGCUGGAUGAUAAUGGGGAGUUGUUCGAUACAGUGAUCGUUGUGGGCGCGCUUGGUGCACAAAUCUGCUCGAAUGAUAAGUCGGAGCUCUUUAGGAAUGGGAUGCGGGAUAGUGUAAGGCCUGUGGUGGGAUAUUGGUAUUUCAUCACCGGGGCGGGGUGAUUCCUACUGUGCGUUGUUGUGUUGCUCGUACUUAUUCUGCGUUUCUCAGCUUCGUGACAUCUAUCUUACGUGGAAGCCAUUUUGCUU